AUGCCCACGCUUGCGCCCACCCAUCCUUUCCAAAAUACAGAAAGCCUUCUUGUAGUCAUUCCAGAUGACGGAAUUGACGUCGAAGCAGAAGCACGAUUGUACGACGAGUUGUGUGACGACCAAGUAUCCCUUCCCCAAUCCACCCACCCCAAAUCCCCUCAAGGGCCACCUUCAAUUUUCUCGCGUGACAUCUGGCUAAACGACAACUCAGGCACGAGUCUCACUUUUGCCCGAAACGUGCAUAUCGCGGGGUGGACGAGCGUAGGUGAUAAGCUCGGUGGAGCAUAUGUCGUGUAUGAUUGUGUGAUUCGCACCAAAGAGGGUACUACUAUUCACGCACAUAAGCGGUAUAACGAUUUUGCAGUGUUGCACGAUGCUCUGAAACAUUCAUUACCUAAACAUCAACACCAUUUCAUCCCUGCCCUCCCCCCGAAAUCCCCCUUCUCGCGCUACCGAGCGGCUUUCCUCGAUCGUCGCCGGAGACAACUACAGUACUGGCUCUCCGCGGUUCUCCUACACCCCGAGAUUGGUGCAUGUCAGGCUGUUAGGUGGUGGGUUAUGGAUUAG